UAAGCGGUCGGAAAUUAAAGUUUAUCAGUUACUCCACAGUGGCUCUGGUGACGAUGGUCUAAAAUGUUCCUUAAAUCAUAUCUAUUCGCGUUGCUUUUCAGCCUUGCGAGAUCAUCCUCCGAGUUUUAUGGCAAGUAUCUGUCAGGUUUUACAUUCGCGAGUCUUGAUAAAAUGGGUAAACAGAUGUGUGUCAAGGAGUGUCAAUCUUACCCCGGGCGAUGUAAGUCUGCGAACUAUAACCGGGUACAUCUUAGUUGUGAUUUGAAUACAGACAGUGCCACUGACAAACCGGAAGCUAUCUUAGACAGAGAGGGGAGUACCUACAUAGAGAUCUUAACCUCUGUGAACAGUUCGGUCUGUGGAGACAUUCAGUGCUCAAGCAGGAAAAAAUGUGUCGUCACAAAGUCUGGACCAUCCUGUAUUUUCCAAGGUUGUAAUAUGCCUAGAAUAAAAAAUGCUAAAUUUAAUGGCGGACAACUUAUGUCUUGGGAAUCUAUGCAGUGUGAAACAGGCUACAAUUACAUAACUUCACUGACGUGCACAGAGACAGGCUUGGAUAAAAACGCCACUGACUUUAGAUGUUAUAAAGAAGAGGACGGCUGGAUUUUGAUCUACAGGGGCCAGAGUGGGGGAACUGACUCUGACUAUCUGUCGUUUAUUUCUAACGGUACGAGCGAUGAAACAAACGAGAACGUAAAUGACGAGUAUUGUACCUCUAUCACAAAGUCUCCACUCUGUACGACCAACUACCGAACAUCGCUCAUCGAUCGGUGGCAGUCACUUGGUAACUUUAAAGUAAACGUAUCCCUGUACAAAAAUGGGACAAAAGUGGCGGAAGUUGUGUUUAAUGGGACGGGUACCAGCCAAGAGAGCUGGUUCUCUCCCAGUAAGAUCUUGUCCAGUAGCUGGUCCGAUGUCACCCCCAAUCAAACGUACAAUUAUUUCAGCCUUGAAGGAGAUGUUGAUGCGGGACAAUGGAGAAACUUUCAAAUAUGGAAAAGUUAUGGGGGUUGUCCGAAUGACAUAUUUUGGAUGUCAUCAUCAUAUGCUGAACCAGGAAAGCUUUGUCCCCGAGAGCAAACAAGCACCAAGCAGUAUUUUUAUUGUCCCGAAACAACACAGUGUAAAUUUGACCAGGGUGCACAUCAAGUUGCUGACGUCAUGACAGUGUCUAUAAAGAUGACGUAAAAUCCAACUAAAUUUUUACAAAUUUUCCAAUGUAAUGAAUGAAAAUAGUGAUAUAAAACGGAUGUGCAAUUAUUUUAAAUUUGGAUGUUAUUAAGGACGACGGCGGACCCAAUUCAUUUUUACAAUAGUGAUUUUUAUGAAUAUUUUAAAUGAGUUAGGGUUACUAAAGAUCUAUCGAAAUCAAUAAAAAAAAAUAACAUGAAGAUCGAAUUAGAUUUUUAGUAGAGACCAUGUCAAAAAUUUGUUGCAUUACUUCAGUAAAACAUAAUGGGAAAGGUAUUUUUGUGAGAGGAGAAAUAAUUUUUUUAAAAUUCUAAAAUGGAUUUUCUAUCCAAAUUGAAAUAUGAUACUUGUAAGAUGAUUUUGAAUUAAUUUCAUGUAAAAAUGAUAAUGUCACUGACUUUGUUUUUACGGGGGCACAUGCCAAAUGCGAUGUUUUGUUAUUUUUGUCAAGUUUGCAUGAAAAAUACUGUUCAAAGUCUAAGAAAAAGGUUAUGUACUUUAAUUCGAGGUUGAUUUAUGAAACAAAUCAACUAUUGCUGUGUGCUUUACAUUUGUUUUGGAUUAAAUAGUUCAAACCUUAAGCUCAAAAAAGGUUUAACGCUGUUUUAAAUAUGAGGAUCGAGGCGGAUCAGAAUGUAAAUGUUUUGUUCAAACUCUGAAAACUAAUCUUUGUAGAUGGUAAUAAAUAAUUUGAGUUAAUAUCAAACUCACAACAGUACUGUGACAUCUUCUAAAGAAAUCUAUUAGUGUUGACUAAUGUUGAAAAAUGGAUUUUAUCAUGUUUUAAAAAUAGCAAGUUCAGACGUAGUGUCUAUAUAAAAUGUGUAAUACGAUGACGUAGAUGAUUGGCGACGUAGAACAGAUAAAUAUUGCUUCAUAAGCAAUUUUCAUUGUAUUUUAGUGAUUGUAACGUAUUAUUGAGAACUUGAUGUUCGUAACAAUUGCUCUUUUUGGGUGCACGAUAUAUUUGCGCAAGCUGAAUUAGGUUCGUCGUCCUUAGACAAUAAUUAGGUUCAAGAAAUGCGCUUUAAAUCAGCAAUAUCAGAAACUAUAUGAAGAAAAUAAAAACAUAUAAAUUUAUCUUAGAAUAUAUAAAAAAUAAUUAAAGCAAAUGCGCAUUCCAUUGUAACUUCGUGGAUCUUGAGAUCCAGGAAGAGAUUUUAAAAGAAAGGUUAGAUAAAAAAAUAUUUAGCAAAGCAGCAGCAUGCUAUACAACUAACCGUAAGGACAUUCUCCCCAACUUGAAGAAGAGCAUUGAAUAAGGACGACAGGAGAUACCAAGACUUUUACUGCUGCAAAGACACACUGAAGAAAGGAGGAAAAUAGACCGACCAAAACAACGUAUUGAAAAACACAAGAGAAACAAAUAUAUACAGACAUCGGCAAAAGCAAAAACCCGAGACAGAGGAUGGUGAGGACAGCAAAUAGGGACUUGCAUAGAGUAAAGAAUGGUGAAGUUGAAUAAGAACUCAUUAAAAUUUUAUGAUUGGCUUAACUUAUUAUUUUGGAAAUCCAUUUUUUUAACCGGGUUUUCCAACGGAAAAAUCCGGUUAUUAAAAUGGUGAAAAUGGCUGGCGGAUGGGUGGGCGGAUGGGCGGCUGCCAAAAGGGUACCCUCAUUGUACGGAUAACUCCUCCUACAGUUUUCAAGAUAGAAAGUUGUUCUUUUGCAGAUCAAUUGUAAAUAUAUCAGAGGUGUGCAUAUUGCUAGGAUUAUGAUUUCCGAUAAUUUAUCGAAAAAAUACUAGCUUUUGAACUUAGUCAUUUUUUGGCAAAAUAUUGCAUAUUGGGAACCCUCAUUGUACGGAUAACUCCUCUUUCAGUUCUCAAGAUAGGAAGUUGUUCUUUUGCAGAUCAAUUUUACAUAUAUCAGAAAUGUGCAUAUUGCUAGGAUUAUGAUUUCCGAUAAUUUAUCGAAAAAAUGCCAGCUUUUGAACUUAGUCAUUUUUUGGCAAAAUAUUGCAUAUUGGGAACCCUCAUUGUACGGAUAACUCCUCCUACAGUUCUCAAGAUAGGAAGUUGUUCUUUUGCAGAUCAAUUGUACAUAUAUCAGAAAUGUGCAUAUUGCUAGGAUUUUGAUUUCCAAUAAUUUAUGCAAAAAAUACCAGCUUUUGAACUUAGUCAUUUUUUGGCAAAAUGUUGCAUAUACAUGUAGGGUACUCCAUUUCACUGGAUAAGGGUUGACAUGGAUUAUGGAUACAGUUUACAUAAAAGAAAACCCGGUUUGCUGUCACAUUGACAGCUUUUCACUUGUUUAAUUUAUGUAUUUGUUAAAUUGUAUACUAGUAUGUAGUUUACGUCGUAUUUUCUGUAAACAAUACAUUAGAACAUUCCUUUUUCUGUAUAUAAAGUUCUUUUAAAAUCGUUUGAGAUUUUUUUUUGAAGAAGCAUAAUUUUAAAUAUAAAAGAUUAAAGAAUUUACUAGAUAGUUGUGUGUCGAAUUAUAAUUAUUCGAUUGUUACGGGUUAAAAUCAAAGCAAGGGCAGACUUCAUUGUGAUAUAUUUGUGCAUUGUAUACAGAAUCUUCGGCAACGAUAACACUCGGAGAAUGUGUUAUGUUUUAGUAGAGUACAAGGUACAAUAACAAAGGGGUGCUUUCAACUCUGAUUAUAUCCUGGUGUUGACUUUUUAAAUUUCUUUAUUAUUCCUCAGCGUAAAUAUCUAUGUUUUUUUACGUUAAAUCGUGAAAUAACUUUA